AUGUUGGUAACACAAUUGACGUACAAGCAAAAGAAUGUCUAUAACUCUAUGAUGAAUGAUAUUUAUUAUAAUGGGGGUGGAUUGCUCUUUGUGUAUGGUUACGGAGGAACAGGCAAGACGUUCGUGCGGAGAACGUUAUCGUCAAAGAUAAAGAGCCGCGGUGAUAUUGUUCUCAACGUUGCUUUGAGUGGAAUAACAUCUUUGCUCUUGCCGGGAGGCAGGACGGCGUGUUCCAGAUUUGCUAUACCACUCUUUUUGAACGAAGAUUCCACGUGCAAUAUAUCGCAGUGCACUCACCUUAUUGAGCUUAUAAUACAGAGCAAAUUGAUCAUAUGGGAUGAAGCACCGAUGAUGCAGAAACACUAUUUUGAGGUUUUGGAUAAAACCAUGAUGGAUCUAUUGAGGUUCGUCAUACCGGGUAAUGCUGAAAAGACAUUUGGUGGAAGACAGUAG